ACAUAGUAGCAUAAGAAAAUGAAGAUAUCAUCACUAGGAUGGGUCUUAGUCCUUAUCUUCAUCUCUAUUACCAUUGUUUCGAGUGCACCAGCACCUAAACCUCCUAAACCUAAGCCUGCACCAGCACCUACACCUCCUAAACCUAAGCCCACACCAGCACCUACACCUCCUAAACCUAAGCCCAAACCAGCACCUACACCUCCUAAACCUAAGCCUGCACCAGCACCUACACCUCCUAAACCUAAGCCCGCACCAGCACCUACACCUCCUAAACCUAAGCCCAAACCAGCACCUACACCUCCUAAUCCUAAGCCCACACCAGCACCUACACCUCCUAAACCUAAGCCUGCACCAGCACCAGCACCAACACCAGCACCGAAACCUAAACCUGCACCUAAACCAGCACCAGGUGGAGAAGUUGAGGACGAAACCGAGUUUAGCUACGAGACGAAAGGAAACAAGGGGCCAGCGAAAUGGGGAACACUAGAUGCAGAGUGGAAAAUGUGUGGAAUAGGCAAAAUGCAAUCUCCUAUUGAUCUUCGGGACAAAAAUGUGGUAGUUAGUAAUAAAUUUGGAUUGCUUCGUAGCCAGUAUCUGCCUUCUAAUACCACCAUUAAGAACAGAGGUCAUGAUAUCAUGUUGAAAUUCAAAGGAGGAAAUAAAGGUAUUGGUGUCACUAUCCGUGGUACUAGAUAUCAACUUCAACAACUUCAUUGGCACUCUCCUUCCGAACAUACAAUCAAUGGCAAAAGGUUUGCGCUAGAGGAACACUUGGUUCAUGAGAGCAAAGAUAAACGCUACGCUGUUGUCGCAUUCUUAUACAAUCUCGGAGCAUCUGACCCUUUUCUCUUUUCGUUGGAAAAACAAUUGAAGAAGAUAACUGAUACACAUGCGUCCGAGGAACAUGUCGGAAUCAUUGAUCCCAAAAAACUCAGUUUUGAAUAAAAACAUUAUUAUAGAUAUUCCGGAUCACUUACUGCUCCUCCAUGUUCUGAAAAUGUUAUUUGGUCCGUUUCCAAAGAGAUUCGCACUGUGUCAAGUAAACAAGUGAAGCUUCUCCGUGUGGCUGUACACGAUGCUUCAGAUUCAAAUGCCAGGCCGCUUCAAGCAGUCAAUAAGCGCAAGGUAUAUUUAUACAAACCAAAGGUUAAGUUAAUGAAGAAAUACUGUAAUAUAAGUUCUUACUAGUAAUCUUUAAUUCUUUAUAUAUGUACAUUAUGAAUUGUACACUAAAAUGAUGUUUUUAGGGAUAAACUGAUGACUUGGUUUUGUUAUUUAAAAA